UGGAAACUUUUUUUCUAACUUGAUAUUCUUUUUUUCUCGAAAAGUUUUUCCGUGUCCACGUCUUAAGUUUUUAAUUCAACGAAAUAAAUUCUUAAAACAAUAAAUUCCGAAAAUCAUGGCCGAUGCUGAUCUUCCUAUCGAUAUACAGACCAAUAAAUUAUUAGAUUGGCUAAUAAGUCGUCGUCAUUGUCGAAAAGAUUAUCAAAAAUCAAUCGAUAUGAUUCGUAAUAAGAUACGAUUGGCCAUACAAGAUAUGCCACAAAUUGAUGAAGUUCGUGAAUUAUUACAACGUAAUGUAUUCGAUUAUUAUGUAUGUCAACGUAUAGUUGAAAUACUAAAAAAUACGGAUAAAAGUUCAAAAAAUAUAUUCGGACAAUAUACAUCAAAACGAUUUCAGGAUUGGCAAGAAAUCUGUAAACAAUAUGAAAAAGAUAAUGUUUAUUUAGCCGAAGAUGCACAAACAUUAAUACGAAAUGUAAAUUAUGAAGUGCCAUCAUUGAAAAAGUGUCAAUCCAAAUAUCAACAACAAAUAUCCGAUCUUGAACGAUUAGUAGAAAAUAGUCGAAAACAAUCGAAAAAUUUUCUCAAUGAAUAUUAUGCUAGUUGUAAAAAAUUAGCUAUCAAUGGUGAUAAUAUACGUGAUGAACUUUAUUCACAAUUGGAAAUAUUACCGGAAAAAAUGUCCAUUCUUGCUGAAAAGAUACCAUCAUUAAUAUCGGUUUGUAAUUAUUAUAAAUCAUUCAUACAUUUUGUAUCACAACAAAGUGAAAUUGAAUGUCUACCAAAUCUUCAUUAUCUACUGGCUAAAGGUAAUACUACCUGGUAUGAAUAUCGUACUGGUCAUAUACCGGAUUCGAUUGAAGAGGUAAAACUUGGUAAAUCAACAAUGGCAAAUGCUGAUGAUGAAAAUGUUAUCGAUUUUGGUGAUGAUAAUGUAAAUAAUGAUCAAAUUGAUUUCGGUGAUCAAAUUGAUUUUGGUGAUGAUGAUCAAGCAACAUCAUCAACGGAUACACCAUCCACUAGUAAUGGAGAUUUUGUUAAAUUAGAUCAAGAAGAUUUAAAUGUCGAAAUUGAUGAACCAAUCAAAGUUAUGGAUGAUGAAUUUACAAAACAAACAGAAGAUGUAGUAAAAAUUGCACGUGGUGAUGAUGCACAAAGUGUUUUGCUUCAUACAGAAUUUCGAAGUAAAUUUAUUAAUGAAUUGAUUGAAAUUGAAUAUUUUCUACGUGAAAGAAUUGAAGAAAUAAAAUCUGAUCAUGCAUUAGCAUCAUAUUUGUUUCAAUCGGCACCAAGUGUUGUACAAUUAACCGGUGUUGAUGGUCUUCAUGAAAUGAUGUCUAUUGUCAUACAAAUACGACAACAAUUUGAAACACCUGCAUUGAAAGCAUUGUAUUAUAUGAAAAAUAGUCCAAAAUAUAUUGAAAAUUUAUAUAAAAAAUUAAAUCAUCUAAAAACAUUGUCGGAAAAAGCAAUGAAAAAAGCUGAAGAUUUAGAAUUGAAACGUUCCGAAUUAUUACAAGAAUUAUCGGGUAUUGGACCACAGAUUGAGGAACAAAUUCAACAUACUAAACAUAUUCAACGGCGGAUUGAAGAAGCAAUAUCGAAAAAAUACAAUAAUCGAAUGGUCAACAUUAUGGGUGGUGUACAAGUGUUAUGAGAUCCUGAUAAAACGUUAUUUUUUAAAAAUGUUUUUUUAUUUUUUCAUUUUUUUAAAUAAUAAUAAAUUGAUGUAUGAAAUGGAAAGGAAAAUAAAAAUAAACUCAACAGAAAAUA